CACAUUUUUAAUAAAAAGGCGAACUAUUCCAAAAGUAUAUACUGUACCCUCAUAGAUGGCUAGUUUUAAGACCACGGAAAUCCGAUGUGCUGUCACAUGACUGAUGCUUGCGGGAGAAGCGCACUGUAAGGCGUGGGACAGAUCACUAGAUGGCUGUGCUAUUGCGAGCGUAGGAGUCCGCGCUGCUCUCCAUAUGUCUUCAGGUCGUGUAGCGGUCUGUGUCUUUCUCUGUGCGCCCCCGUCAUCCUCGCCACCUCGCUCCCUCUCGGCGGACAGAAUGAGAGGAUGUCUGAGAGGCGAGAUGCCGAGUCGGACAAGCUGAUGGAUGCAACGGCUCUUCAGGCUCACGGCGCGCAGCCGGACAGCGCACAUCCCACCAUGGAGAGUGAGGAGGUCGAGGGAGACGAGCUUUCGCUCGGGGAUAUUUUAACGCUGUAUAAUCAGCCGAUAAACGAGGAACAGGCUUGGGCGGUGUGUUACCAGUGUAGCCGGUCAUUGUCCGAGGAGGGCGAGCGAUCACUGGAUUCCAGUUCUGCUGGGGUUCCUGUGAUGGAUCAUGCUGCAAUCAUUGCAGGACCAGGCGAUGUGAAAAUUCAUAAAGACGGCAAUGUCAAGCUGCAUACUGGAAGAUCUCCAGGUAAAGAUCGGGCAUCGUCCUCAGCAGUAUGGGUAAUUGAGUCUCUGGGCAUUAUGAUCUACAAAGCCCUGGACUACGGUCUGAAGGAGAAUGAGGAGAGAGAGCUGAGCCCUCCACUCGAGGAGCUCAUCGACUUUAUGACCAAUGUGGCUGAGCCGGACACAGACCCCUGCCCUGAUGAAGGCUAUGAGGCCACUGAGGAAGAGGAGGAGGAAGGGCUUGACCCCAGGAAUGAGAUCCGACGCUACCGCGACAUUCUCAAGCUAUGCACGCUCCACCUCCCUAGCCCGUCAGACGCCCCGAGCCACUACCAAGCUGUGUGCCGUGCCUUUUACGCUGAGACCAUGGAGCUGCGCACCUUCCUGGACAAGAUCCGAGUGCCAAAGAGAACCUGCGGAAGAUGGAGGGUGACACGACUGACGAUCCAGCAAGACCUGAAUGAGUUGCAGAUGACCGACUGGUGUGACUGUAGUCUGUGCUGUUUGGCGCGCUGCUGGGUGCAGGUGAUGAGGGACCUGCGGUCAUGAGUGAAGCUGAAGAAGGUACAGGAGCGCCUGUACAACCCGCUGGCCAAUCGAAUUCCAACUCACGCCCUAAACGAAAUGCUCAUGGACGACAUCCGCUCCAAACGCUAACAAACUGCGCAGGUCAUGGUGAACGGAGACAUUCCGCCCCGGUUAAAAAAGAGUGCUCAUGAGGUCAUCCUGGAGUUCAUAAGGUUCAAGGCUCCCCUCAACCCCGUAGCAGCACGUAAGUUGAAGCCCCAGGCGGAACGUCCUCCCAGUCUACAUGAGCGCAUCUUGGAGGAGAUCAAAUCUGAGAGGAAGCUCCGCCCAGUGUCACCUGACCUGAUCCGCAGGAGCAUACAUCGGCCGCUUAGCAUGUCCCAGAGCUUUGACUCUUCAGACAUCGCCACACCUGAUGCAGCCAGGAAGGCGUCCAGUACCAUCUCGCUAGCCAACAGCGCAGCCCUGCAACAGAACAGUACCGGCGGCUUCCAGAGGAAGCGACUCCAAGCACCCACUCUGGCCGAACUGGAGAGCUCCGACACAGAUGUGACCCCAUCCAUGUUCCUGCCCAUCUCCUCCACGCCCCAGCCAGAGAGGAAGCAGCCACCUCAGAGAAGGCACUCCAUCGAGAAGGAGACGCCCACCAACGUUCGUCACUUCCUGCCGCCGUCCAGACAAAGCUCCAAAUCUUUAGAGGAGUUCUGCUUCCCAGUGGAGUGUCUGUCCCUGACGGUGGAGGAGGUGAUGCACAUACGGCAGGUAUUGGUCAAAGCUGAGCUGGAGAAGGUCCAGCAGUGCAAAGACAUCUACCAGGCCCUGAAGAAAGGAAAGCUUUGCUUCUGCUGCCGAACCAAAAGAUUCUCCCUCUUCACAUGGUCUUACACCUGCCAAUUCUGCAAAAGGCCUGUGUGUUCACAGUGUUGUAAGAAGAUUCGUUUGCCUGCUAAACCUUAUGGCACUCUGCCCAUCUACUCACUGGGCCCGUCCACCUCCACACCGUCUCGGGACAAGCCAGAGAAGGCCGGCACGAGCCACCGCCGGCCCAGCCUGCAGCGCACCAUGUCCAGACUGUCGAAGUCAGCACGUCAGUCUUCCUCAUCCUCAUCGAGGGAGGAGAUUGAGCUCCCCAAGGAUCUGACGGAGGACUGGAGCACCAUGGAGGUCUGUGUGGACUGCAAGAAGUUCAUCUCCGACAUCAUCUCCUCCAGCAAGCACAGCCUGUCACUGGCCACCAAGCGCGCCCGCUUGAAACGCAAGACACAGUCCUUCGUCAUGUCCUCAACCAAGGGCAGUGAGUACAAGCCCUCAGAGAGGACCAUCCAUGAAGUCUGAGAUGCCAAGCCUUUCCGUCCCAUCCCAAACAGAGAGCGGAUCUAAACCCGCCGGACCGGACUCAAGCAGCUCUCUGGAGCAGGGCCCACAUCUUCCUCUGCUUUGUCCUGCUGUAGAUUUAGAACGGUGUGGGGAGGGGCCUGUGCAGUAUGGUGGCCAUAAAGUCUUAUCGUUGUGUACCAGUUCUUCCAAGUGAACAAAGCUAUGAUCAGUUGUCUGUUCGGUGUGGAAACGGAUGUACAUAACAGUGGCUCGUCACCACCAAUACUCCACCAUGCAUCUCCCAUCCACACAGCAGAGCAAAAUGGAAGCUCAGGUUUACAUUCUGUACAGUGUGUGAUGUAACUCCCAGAUUAUGUCAGUCUCGGUGCAGCUGGAUUUUGUCUGUCAGCAUGGCAGCAAUAAGCACAAUCAAGGGGUAAAGGAAAACAUGUACAAAGAUGCACAAUUAUUCACAUCAACUAAGGCAAUUCUUACAGUCUUUUUUUUUGUUUGUUUAAUGCGGGAGAUGAUUUGUGGUUUCAUAGCUUCGAGAGCUGUUAUGUGCAGUGGUACUGCAAGCUUUGUAUUAUGAGGUGGUCGUGGUGUAUUUAUGCAUUAGAUGCAUUCCUGAGAAAGUUUAGUAUUAAAUAAUAGUCUGUCAGAUAACAAAUAAAAAAUACCAAAACCCCUAAGUGGUUCAUUUAUAUUUGGGUUGUACUGUGAAUUCUCAAAUUUAGCGAGCUGGAAGUGGCACUUUCUUAUACCCACAACUCUUUUUUAUUACAAUAGUUCUAUUUUUUUUAAAUACUAGCAUCUUGCGGCUUACAGCCUUUUAUUAAUCAGGUGUGUCCCCAUUAUAUAAGCAUGGAGGUUUGAGGAUUUGAAGUUUGACAGAGAUUAAGCAUUUCUUUCUGACCCCACAGUGAGAAGUGGAAACUCACAGUAGACUUCCCUGCUGUCAGGGCUACAGACAGUGAGGCAGAUCAGGAAGUGAGUGUGUUACUUCGAUGUCUUAACAUUGGUGUGGUUACCUCAGGUUACCGGUGAUUGGUUGAGUGUGCUGUUUGUCUGAUAUGUGAGGCCUAUGUAAAGAAGUAACUCUACAGCAUCUCUAGGUGAGUUCUGAAGUCACGGGCCUGCUUGUUUGGUUGUACCCCCUGAAAAUUGUUCUUUUCAGGAAUAGCAAUAAGUUCUACAAGCUCACCUGGUCUGCAGUGAAGCAUGAGAAUGUUGCCUUUGGUUUAAUCCCACUUAUUAAUGUGCUUACCUCAACUGACCUAAAAUAUUUUAUUUAUAAAUGUAUAACAUUUAUAAAUAAAUAAAUAACCCUAUGCCAAAUGAACAUGUGGCAUGUACAUUAAAAGCCAGUUUAGCACAGCAUGGUUUGGCUGCUGGCAAUUUUUGCUUAAUAUUGCUGAAAGCAAUUUACACUGUAGAAAUAUGAGGAAAGUUUAUCAUUACCACUGAAGGCUCAUUCCACAUAAUGUUCAGCGUAUUAGUUGUAAUAUAGCCUGUGAGUCCUAUAGCAGUCUCUGAAACAUCGGGGACUAUCUGAAAUGCACAGGACCAACCAUGUUCAAGAAUAUAUUGUGAUGGUUGUUCCUUACAAGGCAGCCCGACACAUAUUGUAUCAUGACAGACGUUUUGUUUUUUAUAUUUUCUUGUACAUAACUGUUUCUCUUUGCUUCUGUUGCGGGUGUAUAGACCCUGUCCCAAAGUGGAUUUAAUUUUGUAAGAAUAGAGUAAUAUUCUGUUGCUUGGCCAUUGACGAAAGAGCUAAAGAUGCCUUGUUGACAUCUGAAGCCAGUACCCACUUCCCACUUGGGAAAUAGUAUUAGUUUUUUCAAACACAAAUCUUUAAAUUGUUUUCUCUGUUCUCAUUUUGUCAUUCUACAACAGCAUAUCAUUCUUUCAAUUGAUUUGUUUGCCUUAAUACUACUGCCUUCCUCUGUGUUGUAAAGCCAUAUCAGUUGUUUGUGCUUGAACAUAAUGCACAAUGGCCCUAAAACUCCAUCCUUUUUGUGCAUAGAAUCUGCUAUUAUUACAAACAUCCGGAUGAAUGUUAUUAAAACCCCAAACAGAAGAUACCGCUGCUGGGAUCCAGGUGACACGAACCACAGCAAAGGCUCCUGAAGCAAAAUGCGAUGCACUAAAGCAUACAGCAGGGCUAGUUUACCAUGCCCGGAGCCAGUCAGCAUUCAUUGUUUCAGAAGCGCUUGGUUAGGGAUUGUGUACAGUGCUAUAAUGUAAAAAAGCAGGCAGUUGUUGGAGACCUUACAGAUGGUUUACUGAAUUCAGUCUGUUUAAAGCAGAGGUUCAUAAUGACCCCUGCACUGUGCCCAGGGGGAAAUCGACCCAUGAAGUCUGAUGCUCUUAUUAAUAAAACAGUUGCAAAAUGCAUGUAUGUCUGCUGAUCUUGUAUCUUUGCUCUGUAGCUAUGAUUGUUUUGGUUUGCUUUUUUCUCUUCAAAAUCUGGAUAAAUACUGUUGAUUGUAAUAAAAUGAUGUAAAAUGUUGUUGCUUUGGCUGUUAUUCAUACAUAUGAUCAGAAUUUGAUCUCUACUGAAGAUUUUAGGUCUGCCUGGACAAAUCUUCUGUUCAGUAGUACUUAGGUUUAUGCUGUAAUGGCACAAAUACAAUAAAUCACAGACCUUUUUGUUAUGCAAAUAUUUAACAUGUGCCAACAUUUAUUUUUCCUCUCCUUUUCAGUUUAUUAGCACUUAGUUAAUUAGUAAAACUGAAGCUACUGUAGUAUUUUAUUUCCCCUAAAGGCUUCUUUGCUUCUUCUACUUUACUGUAUCAUACUGGGUACAGUUAUAAAACACAGGCAGCACCCGACCCAUACCUGAGGCAUACUCUGUUUUCCUGAAUACCACAGGCAGCGAGAAAAAAAGAACUUUUGUAUAUCGUAUCCGGCGAGCAUUACAGUUAGUCACUGUAAACACAAAAGGGAAGCGCUGAAAACAACCAAUAUCAAGUGGUCUCGUGUAAAAUCACAAGUGUCUGAAGCAGAUCCACGUAGGUCUAUAUUGUGAACCCUGCCAAGUAGGCACUGAAAUAACACUUCACAGUACAAUACCAGUAGACUCACACAAGAAAACCAAAACAUGGGUCACAUGGGUAAAAUAUUAAAACGUUAGAAAUUAAAGCUUGAAAUGUUUUGAAAAUGGAGAAUGCAGCUGCUUAAGGUUCCGAUUGGUUACCAUGGCAUUUUCUCCUUUUUAUAACACGCUGCUUGCAGUCCAGUGAGACCAGUCUUUCGUUUCUCAACGCAGUGUCGUUGUCAACGGUGGUGAAGUGUGUCAUUGUUAUUAUAUUAUUGAUCACAUUAAUUCCACGGACUGCUGAUACGGCCAUUAGGGGAUCUUUUUCUCCAUAGCUUGUCCGGCGAUCUUAACGGCUUUGCUGAUGGAGGUUUUCCUAGAUUUAUUUUUAACCUGUGGAAUCGUGACAGAAUGCUGCGUUAGUCCGAAUAUAGGCCUACCAAAGAUUCAGUGUUAU